AUGUCCGGCUCUCUCCGUUUCGUCCCAUCCUCCUCCCAACCAAGCAAGAUCUCCCUCCCCUCCUCCUCCACAACAGGUGCUCCGGCCUCCCACUCCGUCCACGACACCAUCCGUCAUGGCCUCCCAACCACAAGUGCAGAUUUGAACUCCCACCAUCCUCUCGAAAACCGUCUUAAGAACUGGGAAGCCACACAGGAGAACCUCAAGAUGGAGAGUCUGAAGCGUACCUUUGGGCUAGCUGAGCCAGUAAGGAGGGGUAUGGAAAAGAUGAUUGUUGGUGCUGAUUUCCGACCUGCGGUCCUCGGUGGCCCAUCUAACCUCCACAUGGACAUCCUGAAUGGUCGUGAGUGCUGGAUUGAUUGGGAAGAUGUGUUCGUAGGCGAUAGACUGGACGGUGAAACUCCGGACUUCCACACUGAAUUCGAUGCUAUCAUGCGUGGGAAGCAGCGGUAG